AUGACCACCGAGGACUACAAGAAACUGGCUCCGUAUAAUGUCAGGCAAAAAUCCGUGGACUUGGAUGAGGAGGACGUGCCUUUUAGCGCAGACGAACAUAAAAAGAGGACAGAGGCGGCCAACAGUGUCCUGCGACGCACUGCCAGCAGGGAACGGGCUUACGUCCUCUCGGCGGCCAAGAAAAGCAACGGCAGCCCAACGCAAGAAUUCCUGCCGUUGUUUGCCAAGAGAAUUGAGAUAGAAGAAGAGGAAGGCCAGCAGAGGAGGAGUCCAACCAUGCCUGGCAGGUUUACACUGGAUGACAACCACAGUACUAACGGGCUACGAAAAACCACCACUUCCUGGAACGAGUCAAAGACAACAGCAGCGUCUUCCUCCAGCCCUGAAACAGGCAAGAAGAGCCAAACCACCACAACCUGGAGCGAGACUUCUGUUAGAAUCUCCACUACUACCGAAAUCAGAAAUGGUGAGAGCAGACAGGCCCCGAGUGGGAAACCCUCAUCUGAAACUGUGUCACAGCUUGAGGACGGUGACAGACCUCCGAAGGAAAAGCCUGAGCCCUUUCCAUGGGAUGAACUGGCCCCUAAAGCAACCUUGGUUACCACGAACGGAAGUUAUCCUGAACACACAGAAACCAACAAUGGAUUUUACCCAACAAAGUGAGGAACUCCCUCUCUAACCAAGUCCAACUCUGGUUGCAGGGACAGACCUGCGGAUGCUACGGACAAGCUGCACCAUCGGUACGAGGCCUCUUCCUCGCUGGAUGAUGCAAAGUCUGAACCUGCAAGGUCAGAGCCUGGGGCUGGUGCUUGUGAUGCUGCUCACAGUGGCAGGUCUAGCGUGCGGUCUGAUGUCCCUCCUCCUACUACUGAGACACUCCCUGUGCACCUAAAGGACACAGAAUAUUCCUUUAAAGGGUCUGUCCUGGGCUACAAGGAGAGAAGCAGCACCCCAGAGAGCAGAUACGCAAGUCCCGAGGUCCCAGCAUCCAGCAAGCCUUACUGGAAUGAAGAGGCCUCUUCCCAGGAUUUCAAAGAGGGGCGCGCCCCUGUAGAAAGGGGGCACGAGAGCGUGCGGGCCUCCGGUGACUACAGACCAGAGCUGAUCCGAGAAGGGUUUUUGGACUCAAAUGACCAUACUGAAAAGGGACAAGAACCUCCUGACCAUGAUGGCCACCCAGAGCUUUCCAGGUCAAAGGAACAUACUGAGCUUGAACCCAGGGUUGCACUCACAUCCUACCGUAAUUCUACAUGCAGUGGCACUUCUGCAGACUCUAACGGGUCUUCUGUCUGCAGGUCCAGCUCUUUACCCAGAGAAAGCAGCAUCACUGCUCCAGAGACCCCGUGUGCAAAUGACUGUGACCCCGGCCAGGACAGGAUCACUCCAGCUUAUGAAGAACAAACCCACCCCACGACAGAGAGUCGUCACGAGAGCCGGGGAGACUGGAGACACGACGAGGCCAACACAGUGGCAGCCAGGUCUAACUUCAGCUCAGAAGAGAGUGCUCUUGGUGCAUAUGAGACCCAGCACCCCACACCACUGUACGUGGACCGCCAGCCUUUUAACAGCAGCCUGGCAGCACCCAGCCACAGGAUACCAUCCUACGUGGACAGCCAGGUGUUCAGCACCACAAGACCUACCCCAGAUUAUGAAGGGAGAGUUUAUGAUGGGAGAAGCAGCCCCAGGAACAGCAGAUACGACAGCGCUAGCGCCAGAGGGCACGGGGAGUUUAACCUCACGGCUGGACGCCACGACUCCCUUCCCAGAGACACCACCGUGUCCAUUUCCCAGAGAAGCCACAGGGUGCCGUUCUACAUGGACACCUUAAACUAUGACAGUACCAGGUUUCUCUCAAGGUCAAGCGAGAGGAUCAGCACUCCAGUUGCCACCUCACCGCACGACGGUCCAGCAGCCUCUGGGUACCAGCCCGACCCCAGCACUGCCGGAAAAGGGGUCCUUUUUGUGAAGGAGUAUGUGAACAGCAGCGAGAGAUCGGCCUCCCCGCGCUACGGCAGUGGCAGCCUUGUGGAUUUGACCGAUUUGGAGAGAGCAACGUACAGCCACCACAGCUACCUGUCCAGUGCUCCCCUGCAGAGGUCCAGCGAACCAGUUUGCAGUUACUGCAGCCGUGAGAUCCGAGACUGCCCUAAGAUCAUAAUCCAGCACCUUAACAUCUGCUGCCACGAAUACUGCUUCAGGUGUGGAAUUUGCCACAAAGCAAUGGGAGAUCUUCUGGACAAAAUAUUCAUCCACCGGGACAUUGUCCACUGUGACAAGUGCUAUGAGAAACUCUUCUAG